UCCUGAAACACACGUCAACCUUGUUAGUGGAAAGCUGAAUGAGGAAUUAGUGUGGUAUGCCAGUCCACGUCAGCUAUCUCUUUGAAGAAGUCGACUUCCGCUGAAGAUUUCUUGUAUAAUACAGUAGUACGGUGGUGUUCGUCGUGGAAGUUUGUUUGGAGACCUGGCUCAGGCUGAGAUCAGAAAAGCUGAGCCAAAUUAUUUUCAAAGACUUAUUUUACUCCUGCAGAUAAUUAUAAUCGUUUGAAAUAUACUGAUAGUGUGCAGUUCAGUGACCCAGUAAUUACAAGUAAUAAUAUCCUGAAUAUCCUGAGCGCGAAGGUCAAGAGUGUACUCUGAGUGCUGGGUCAAGAGUCGCUUGGUUAUGGGCAGGCGGGCAACGCUAAGUAUGACAAUGAGGCAAUUCCUAGCAGCUCGUUUCUUUUUGUUGGGCUUCUUGUGGACAGUGUUAGUGCCUGCAGUACUGGCAGCUGAAGGCCCUGUCGAUGUGUCUAGUUUGGCAGCAGUGGAUGUGGAUCCUGAUUCUGAAUCGGGUGCAGCUGAAGGGGAGGCGUCUGUGAACACGGACACUACUGCCCCUGCAACGCCCCGUCGGGUCCUUCAGCCGACAUCAGAAUGGCAAACGGUUGAAGACGACAUGAGCAUACCGCCUGGCCUGCAUGUGCGCAUGGACUUGCAGACUGGCAAGAAAGAGGCCAAACUCCUGGAUCCGGAGGAUGCAGAGGCUUCCAGCCAGGACAGUCGAAGUGUUACUGCCGACAUCCAAGUGCCAAGAGACCUGCGAGAGGGCAUCGUCAAUACAAAGCGCAUGGUUUUCACUCCAGAGCAGGCGGCGGAGCAGCUAGCCGAUGGCAACCAUGAGGAGUCCAGUAGCCCAGACUCUGCGAGACCGGGCAUAGCAUACGAUACCGAGAACACAGUUGUUCCUCAGGAGAGCAUUGACGACAUCGCCAGAAAGUAUGCGCAAGCUAGGAAGAAAGUCAAGCAAAUCCAACCGCGCGCCGACGCGGAGGUAAUGCAGGCGCUUGUCAACUUGUUCAAUAAUAUCACCACUCCCGAGGAGCAGAGACUCACCAUACUAGAGGAGCUGGAGUAUUUCGUCCAUCAGAUCGACAAUGCCCGCGACCUGGAGGCCAUUGGCGGCAUGGACAUCGUGCUGAGGGCGUUGAAACACAGCGAUGCCAAGUUCCGCUCGGUAGCCGCACUGAUACUGGGCUCAGCUAUGCAGGGAAACCCGUCAGUUCAGCAGACGGUUUUGCACCGUGGCGUAUUGCCUACCCUGGUUCAGUUCCUGCAGUCGGGCAGCCAAGAGCCGAAGACAGUGCGUCGGCCGGCCAUGUUUGCACUGUCUGCACUCGUGCGCUCUCACGCCGAGGCUCAGCGGCGCCUCUGGGAGCUGGACGGACUGCACAUUCUGAAGGAUUUGUGCCGAACCUCGGCCGAGGAUCACAUCCCGGCAUUGUGUGUCAAGUCGGUCACUCUCAUCUAUGACAUCUUGACCGAGCAGGCUGAUGUCAACUACGUGGGCUCUGCAGAAGAGAGGCUUUUGCCACGCUUAGAGGCAAGUCAGUGGUGCGACUCGGUCAUCAGUCUACUAUCUAGCAGUGAUGGUGAUGUAUUGGAGAAGGCUGUGGGGGCGUUGCAAGCCAUGGUACCGGCGUGUGGCAAUCACCUGACGCAGAACACGAAUGUCCUUCAGCAGCUUUCCACCCUGGAGCAGCACUGGCGCGAGCAGUCGCAGGCCAACGAUGACGACACGGAUCAAUACUUUGCCUCCAUGCAGGAGACGACGCAUCGUCUGCACGUACAGCUCGUCGACUGCGCUACACACUCAAACUGUACAAGUGGAGCCACCGCAGCUGAUUCAACAGCACAUGAGCAUGCUCACACAACCGAUUUAUAGUGCUCGUCUGCAUCUUAGUUCUUAUUACAAUUUCGCAGUCCAUAGUUUAAUGUUGCACGCAGAGUCUCCUGCUGGCGGGGUUGAUCAAAUAAUUUAUAUUUCCACUAGGUAGAGUAAUACCGCAUGCUUCUACUACAUGUGCUUUGCUGGCUGCCAGACGAACAUACUUUCUUUUUGAAGUACUUCAAAGUAAUUCUUGUGUGCCCUCUUGCUGCUUGUGCAUGUGCUGAGAGAUGUCUAUUCGUCUGUAUAAUUAUUACUUCACUUCUGUCGGCUGCAACACAUCUCAUUCAAAACGCCUAAUUUUUCGUUGCCUGGGCUUGAGAAAAAAGAAAGAAAGUUGAGUCCAUUUAAUCAAACCGUAUUUGAGAAAGUGUGAACAUGCCUGAACCUGAAAAUGCAUGGUCAGCAUCUCCUUGUCCGUGAGUGUAGAGAGUUUGUGCACUCUUG